GCUCGGCAAAGCCACAGCCCCCCGGAGCAGGGCCACGGCAGUUCCAAGGCUGCGUCUUUGCACUGGACAGGUGAGCGAGCUGUCAGUGUCCUCUUGCUGGGUCUCCUUCCUGCAGCCUACCUGUAUCCUGGACCAGCCAUGGACUAUUCACUGGCUGCAGCCCUCACUCUCCAUGGCCACUGGGGUCUUGGACAGGUUAUAACUGACUAUGUCCAUGGAGAUAUACCCAUUAAGCUGGCCAAUACAGGUCUGUACGUACUGUCGGCCGUUACCUUCACCGGCCUCUGCUACUUCAACUAUUAUGAUGUUGGGAUCUGCAAGGCUGUUGCCAUGCUGUGGAGCCUCUAAGAUGCGACCGAGUCCCUGACAAACAUGAUUGUUCACUGCUGCCUCUGCUUCAUCAUAUUUUUACCAACAUGCUUAAUGCAAAACAAAUGAAUAACCAAGGGCCCAUAGUAUGUCCAUACUGCAGCGAGUUCAGAGCUAGUCUUUUAGAAAUAAAUAUCCAACAGCAGUAAAAAUGUUAGAAAAGAAAAAGUAGAUUUAAAGUGGAUAAUGUCCAGGUGAGAGUGAAUUGAUUUAAGCUGCACUGUUAAUUGGGAGGAAUUAAUUACAUCAAUGACAGACUUACAUAGCUGAAGGUAACUUUUGUUGUAAUGGCAGCUUUAAUGAGUGUUUUUCUAAAAUAACUGUUGUUUGGUUUCCUAUUUUGUAAAACAAACUUGACUUGUGGAAAAUGGAACUGUUAUUUCUGACAUCACAACUGAACUGUAUGUAAGGCGCACCCUGUAACUCUUUGGACCCUGAGAGUUGAUGUAGAAAAGGGAGUACUUUUUUUCUUAAUCCAUACAAUAAAGAAUUUACAGAAACCAUGUGUGUGCACGCUUCUGAAUGAUUUUUACUACUUUUGGGUUACUUAAAAUGUUUUCUCUGCAGAUAGGUGGUUUUUUUUCCUAAAAUCAAGUUCAAAUACUAAUUCUUACUGUUAUGUUACUGUUCAUACUGUUACUCUGCAUUACUUCAUUUAGAUGUUAUAAAACAAAAAAUAUUUUUAUGAAUAUGUAUUGUCCUUAAUACUUAAAGAGGUGACUUAGACUUGAUUUAAUACAAGAGUAAUGUCCAUUAGAAAAUACAGCAAUAAUUGACUUAGAAGAAAAAAACUUUUGCAGAUUAAUUUUAGGAGCCAUAAAUAGCGUACGGCUUUCAUAGUUUCCCUGGAACCUGUUAUGUUCAUCUGCGACAUUUUUGGGGUUUGUUUUCUAAAUAAACACUGGUACACAUUUUCCUGCGUGACUGAAAAGACAACAAACAUAUCCUUUCUGUCAUAGCUUGACAUGAGACUGAGGCAGCGUUCUUUUCUAUGUCUUUAGGUUUUAGACCAUCCUUUAUCUUUUCUGACUUUCAUAGUAGUAAGGGGUGGUUAACUGUUUCUGCAUUCUAAUGGUACUUCUGUGGUACUAUUAAUAGUAAGAGGAAGAGAAUUGUGUGUUACCAUCAGUCUGAUUAUGCACUAAGCAGAAUGAAUAAAUUGCUGUUUGAAUUCUACAAG